AUGUAUAAUCGCUACGUUCCACCGAAGAAGGACAAGGAGGCGCCGAAGCCUACCGAAUCGUUACCAUCGCCUCCAUCGGCCCCAGAGCCACCGUCGCCGACGAACGAAGCGGUUACAACCGAAGCAUCAGCCGCCAGCCCUUAUGCGCGAUAUGUCCCUUCUAAGAAGCCUAAGUCCAGAACAUCACUAGGAAAUGUGACACAAGAAGACGCCGAGACACUGUCGCCCGCUAUCAAGCGCAAACACGAAGUCGAGAUCGAAGUCAGCGAAGAGACUCCUGUCAAGAAGAAGAAGUCUAGAAAGUCGGAAGUAGAGUCUCAGGUGGAAGAUGCAGAGCAAGAUACCCCAAAGAAGUCAAAGAAGGAGAAGAAAGAAAAGAAGUCCAAAAAUACCGAGCCCGAAUCGGAUGCAACAAGCGACGCCAUGGACACCCGUGAAGAUGGAGACGAGGAGGCAAAAGAGCCGGAAUCAGGAGAGAAGAAGAAAAAGAAGAAGCGUGUGUCUGAAGUCUCUCAAGCAGGCACAGUAGGAGAAGAGGGCGAGACGAAUACUAAGGAAAUCAAGGAAAAGAAGGACAGGUCAAAGAAGAAGAAGACAACGGAUAGCGGGGAAAAGACAGGCCAGGACGAAGAUGACGGAGUGGCAGCGCGUCAUAAGUCCGUCCUUGCCAAGGCUACCAAGUAUCUGAAUAAGAAAACCGACACGGCCCACGACGAAGCUCCAGAUGCGAUGAAUGUAGACGAAGAGAACGCUGCUACAGAGGAGCUGGAGGAACAUGGCCUCGAGCCUCUGCCUCAACCCGAACCGGUCGCUCUUGACACGUCAAAACCUUCCUACGAGACCCUUCCGCCAUGGCUUGCUGCCCCUAUCCGAGUGGCGCCCGACACGCGGACGCCUUUUACAGAAAUUGGUAUCAACCCCAAAGCCGCCCAGAUUCUGGAGUCGAAGGGUUUCAAGGACUCGUUUGCCGUCCAGACGGCGGCUAUUCCACUACUUCUCCCUUCGUGCAAGCACCGGCAGGGUGAUCUCCUCGUUGCAGCAGCUACUGGAUCCGGAAAAACGCUGGCAUACGCGCUACCCAUUGUGCGGGACAUCAGUCAAGGGGCUGUCACUAGACUUCGGGCGCUGGUGGUCCUACCGACGCGAGAACUGGUCAAGCAGGCUCAAGAGGUUUUCGAGCUUUGUGCUGGCGCAUUCGACGGCCGCGACCAGAAGAGAGUACGCAUUGGUAUCUCCAUUGGUAGUCAGCAGUUGAAGUACGAGCAGGCGAAUCUGAUCGAAAAGGAUGAAAAGUAUGAUCCUGAAGGUUACAAGACGGCCUAUCAGCGUGAGAUCGAAGCGUGGAAGGAUGUCGAGGAAUCAGGACUUGAAGCUGAGGAAUCAACCUCCAGAAUAGAAGCGGGUUCGCUGCCUGAUCAUGUGGUAGACUACGCUUCCAAGGUCGACGUCCUGAUUUGCACUCCUGGUAGAUUGGUCGAGCACAUCAACCUCACCCCUGGCUUCUCUCUGGACUACGUGCGGUGGCUAGUGGUUGAUGAAGCCGACAAGCUUUUGGCACAGAGUUUCCAGGGCUGGCUGGACGUCGUCAUGCCCAAACUUCGCACGAACAAGUUCAGCGCACGCGACUUCCCCGACUCCAACCUUUCCGGUGUGCGCAAGAUUGUACUUAGUGCAACGCUCACAAGAGACCUGAGUCUGUUAAGCGGGCUCCAGCUGCGCCGUCCUCAACUCAUUGUCCUUGAGGGCCAACAAGCCGAUGGCACCGCACCGAUCGCAGAGCACACUCUUCCAACGUUGCUGAAGGAGUCUGCCAUCAGAGUUCACGAUGCCAACCUCAAGCCUCUCUACCUGAUUGACCUUUUGCUGGAUGGCCACCUCAUGUCCGAAACCGCCACCAAGACAAAGCCAACGCCAGCGGCCAAGGAAGACGACGACGAUACGUCUUCUUCGGACGGCUCUUCCGAUACUUCUUCAGACGCCAGUUCCGAAGCAGCCUCCGAUACGAGCUCAGACUCCGACGACACAAGCUCAGACUCCGAGUCCGACUCUGAUUCCGAUUCUGACACCAGCUCUGAAGCUUCCAAGCCUACCAAGACCACAGCACCCACCACCCCGUUUACGACAACAGCCCUCAUCUUCACCAAAUCAAACGAAUCCGCGCUUCGUCUCUCUCGCCUCAUCUCUCUCCUCCAUCCCUCAUUGGCGCCCUACAUCGCCACGCUCACAUCUACCCAAAAGACGUCGGACCGUCGCCGCGCCCUUCGCGCCUUCGCCGCCCGCCGUCUCCGCCUCCUCGUCGCAUCCGACCUGGUCGCUCGUGGUAUCGAUCUGCCGCAGCUCGACAACGUCAUCAACUACGACCUCCCUGCCAGCGCCGCGGGUUACGUACACCGUGUCGGUCGUACCGCUCGUGCAGGCCGUGCCGGAGCCGCCUGGACUCUCGUCGAGGAUGGCGAGAGCGGUUGGUUCUGGGGCAAGAUCGCCAAACCGAGCAGCGGUAUCCAACGCGCGGCCAAGGUGGACCGCCUGCGCAUCGGAGAUCCGGACGACGGCGGGUUCGGGGACGAGAGGGUGCAGAGUUACGAGGAGGCGCUGGAGAAGCUUGGAAAGGAGGCCGGAGAAGCCAGGAGGCAGAGGUAG